GAGGGAAGAUAGGAGAGAGAGAGAGAGCAGGAGGGGUGGAGAGAGGGAGAGGAGGAAAGCAAACGAAAGCGCAUGGCGGACUCGUUGCGAGGGUUUUUUUUCUCGCUGGAUACAAGAGGGAGGGGAGAAGAAACUUAGAGGGAAAAAUUGUAAAUUUCUCCAACUCCUGAGGCGAGGCUCAAGGUUUCUUCGCUCGUCCCCUUCUUAAUCUAGCGUUAGGUCUUUUCUUUCUCUUCUUCCGCGUGGCGUCGUGGCAGAAAAAGAAGGACUCUUGCAUCCUCAUCUAUUCAUACACCUAGCCGUGCGUUGCCCUAGACUUGUAUCUCCGGCUAAGAUUUCGGCGAGGCAUCCGUGGUCUCCGGCCGAUUCCAUCUCCGGCGACGAAGAGCGUCCAAGAUUCAUCGGGUAUAUUUAGCUUUCAGUGCAUAUAAGCAUUAUGGAGAUUGAUCAGCAACAAAAAGAGGAUUUUGGUGUACUGCUGAAACAGGGGGCUGAAGCUAGAGUUUUUGAGUCAAGUUUUGUGGGACGUAGAUCCAUUGUCAAGGAACGAUUUUCAAAGAAGUACAGGCAUCCAUUGCUAGACACAAAAUUGACUCUUAAGCGCUUAAAUGCGGAAGCUCGCUGCAUGACAAAAGCAAGGCGACUUGGUGUUCCCACUCCAGUUUUGUAUGCUGUGGACCCUUUGUUGCAUACUCUAACUUUUGAAUUCAUCGAUGGCCCAUCUGUGAAAGAAAUACUCCUGGAUUUUGGAUUAAAUGGUGUUGUUGAGGAACAACUAAAUGACAUUGCGAUGCAGAUAGGGAAUGCAAUCGGAAAGCUACACGAUGGAGGUCUUGUUCAUGGUGAUUUGACAACAUCAAACAUGAUUAUCAAGGAAGGGACAAAUCAGCUGGUCCUUAUUGACUUUGGUCUGAGCUUCACAUCAACUCUUCCUGAGGAUAAAGCAGUUGAUUUAUACGUGCUUGAGAGAGCUUUGUUGUCUAUGCAUUCAUCAUGUGGGAAUGUGAUGGACAAAAUACUUGCUGCAUACAGGAAGUCUUCAAAACAGUGGUCUUCUACCAUGAACAAGCUAGCUCAAGUGCGACAGCGUGGUCGGAAGCGUACCAUGGUAGGAUGAGCAUUCUCAGCUGUAGUAAUUCUGUGCAUGUAAAGACAGGCCAUGUAGACUAAUUUGAAUGAAAGCAGUAUAGGAAUUAAUGGAGAUGACUAUUCAUUAUUCAUCAAUUGAAUGAUGUGUUUGCUUGUAGCAAAUUCUCUAAUAACCAAAUGAGAUUGAGAUUUUGUUUUCAAUUCCUAUUUUCCACGUCUUCAUUUCCUAUAACUGUGAAGCUGUUGCAACAUAUGCUGCUUUUUGCUUCUCAGAAGUUCUGUAUGUAUUGCAUUUAUUUAUGAUAAUGCUUCAAAAUCUGUCCACAGUAA